AGGAAUCCUUCUACCACUUACGAGGCAGAGAGAGUGAGAGAGAAAGAGAGAGGGCAGAGGGAAGAAGAAACGAGAAGGGUAAAGAAAGAGAUGAAGAGUCGAGAGGAAACUAGAGUGUGAGAGAUGGACAGAAAGUGACCCAGCGAAAGAAGUCCGAGAGAGUUUACAGCCAAGCAUUUGACCUUUGUGUUGUGUCCCUAGGUCAGUGGACUUACCGGGGGGAUAAUGUCCAAACCUUCGUCCAACGUUAAGGCCCUGCAGGCUAAUUUGAACAUCCCGAUGGGAGCUCUGCGUCCAGGGGCGGGACAUCCUGUGAAGAGGAGAGAGGAGACAGUAGACACAGAAGAGGCUCAGUCACCAGAGCAGCCACCCUGCGCUGCAGCACAGACGUCAGAGGAGAAGAAGACGUUACCGGGCGCGGUGAAACUGCCCGGGCCCGCUGUUAACCUCUCCGAGCUGCAGAACGUCAAGAGCGAACUACGAUGGGUCACCAAGGAGUAACAUGAUCCCGAGCCCGGCAGAGACGCAGGCAGAUAAUCGCCCACUGCCAUUGAAGUCUACCAAUCAGUCUUAUCCCGACUUGUUUGGAAAAGAACGAUAUCUCUCUGGGAAGCCAACAUCCAAACACCAAGAAGCUCUCCUGCAAUCAGCGCUCUGAUAGAUUAAAAAUGUGAAAAAUAUCUAUAUUUAUCUGGUUGCUGUUUUUUUUCCACUAAAGUUGGUAUCAGAAUUUGUACAAAAAAAUGUAAGUACUGUCUAGUUAAAGAGAGUAUUUCUGGCUCGUUUUUACUGCAGAUAACACUCCUACUACUUUGACUUUUAGAAGUAAGUGAGUCGUGUUUUGAUAAUGUCGAAUUCAGCAUUGUCUUUGCUUUUCUUGUUUAAAGGGUCAUUUUGAAGCCUGAAAACGUUUGUUUGCAAUUGACAUUAAUUUAAGAAAACAAUUCUGUAAAAACUUCAACAGUGGAUUUGAAUGGACGCGUUCAAUGAGAUCAUGUGGUUAUAAAUGUAGACUGCGUUACAUUUGGGAGGGAUGGGGGUAUUCUUAUGUUUUUGUUGUUUCAUUGUUAUGAAUGAACCCAGAAACUGGUAUCUCCAGUAAACUAUUGCAAUAAAACAAAAUGUUUAAAAAAAAAA